AUGGAAGUGGUCGCAGAAGCAAUAGAAAAUUCUCAAUUUGUUAUUAUUUGUAUGUCGGAUUCGUAUAAAAGCGAUAAUUAUUGUCAAGCUGAAGCUGAAUAUGCAUUUAAUUCCAAACGAUUUCUUCUUCCGUUGAUUCUACGUACCGGCUACAGACCUGAUGGAUGGUUAGCUUCUAUCACAAAAAAAGGCAGUACCUAUAUCGAUUUUGCAGGAUCUGAUUUUAAAACAGCAUCCACAUGGCUCUUAGAAGAAAUUAAACAACGACACUGUAAGAAAGAAAUUCCAGUUUUUAGACUUACCCCAUCAAAACAAAUCAACAUGGUGAAUAAUUCAUUUGUUUCCUCCGCUAUUUUUGAUAAGCCUUAUGCACAUGCUGAAUCUUUGACUGUAACUGGCCCUAUUCCAACUAUUGAAUCUGCUGAUGUUAUUAAAACACAGCAAGCUCAGAUCCACAGUGUUUCAAGGACACCACCAUCUGACGCUACACCUUUCACAACGUCUACUAUUGAUAUUCAACAACGACCAAUACAUGUGCAUCCUAUUUCAACAUCAACAACAUUUGCAUCCAUGGUUUCUACUACAUGUGACGUUAACAGUCACCAACAACAACACACAUCAACGCUUUCAUAUCCAAAGUCUCCGACACCUGUCGCUCACACUUUUGCUAUGUCUUCAGUUGUCAAUAAGCAAUGCGAACAGCAUCAAAGAUCAGGGCAUCCUGUUUCAAAACCAUUAACGUCUCAUUCUAUUGUUUCUGCCACAUCUGUUGUUGCCGAUAAACAACAACAAAAACAUCGACGAAUGACAGAGAGCCCAGUUUCCCAAUCAACAAUAACUAAAUCCUUUUCUUCUGACCUUCCUGUCACUGUUGAGAAACACCAACAACAUGGAUUCACAUAUCCUGUUUCAACACCGCUAACUACUACAUCCGCCAUCUCGAUCGCCAUCGACCGACAGCAAGAGCCAACACAAAAACCGUCUUUCUCACGAUCAUCAAUACCGGGCUAUAGAUACUCUACUGCAUCUGCUGUUGUUGAUAAGCAACAACUACCUGAAGCAUGGUAUUCUGCCUCACCAACAUCAAUCCGCUCAUCAAGCUCUUCCACCGUAAUUACAAAUCUUGAUCACAAGCAGCAGCAAAAAACGACUAAUCCUGUUUUAAUACCAUUAACACCUUCUACUGUCUCUUGUGACACAUAUCUUAAUGUUGAAAAAAAACAACAAAAAACGCCACCACAUCCUAAACCACGAACGUCAACGAUUAAUGCCGUAUCCUCUGUCGCCUGUUCAAAUGUUAUUCAACAACAACAGCAAGCUAUCGCAGAAUCAAAAAAUGACACUACUCUUCCUGUUAAGCCCAUCACCAUAAAUAUCCAGCAACAUCAGCCAAUAGAAACACCUUCUGUUUCACAAUCUGCAACACCCUCUGUUUCACGAUCUGCAACACCCUCUGUUUCACGAUCUGCAACACCUGGUUUUAAAGCUUCGGACGAAUGUAUCAGUGCCAUCAAACAGUCACAACAACAAACACUAGGGUGUUAUAUUUCAUGUCCACCAGCACGCACCAACGCUGUACUUUCUACAACAUACACAGGUGUCCCUCAACCGCAACCGCAACAGCUAACACCAACUCAUUCUGUUCCACAGCCGCUAACAAAUAAUAUUGUUUCUUCUGCGUCAACUACCAACAUCGAUAAACUACAAGAGAAAAUCCAACUUCGUCCUAUUUCACAAUCACAAACAUAUAAUUCUGUCUAUUCUGGUACAUCUGUUCUCGUUGAUCAACAACCACAACUAACACCAAUGCAGGUUCUUUCGCCACUGUUAACAAAUAGCAUUGUUUCUUCUCCCUCACACGUAGCUGUGAAUAACGAGCAACAACUGCCACCACGAAUACCGUAUGUUGCACAAUCUCGAUUACCCACUUCUACCUCUUCUGGUGAACAUAUCACAGCCCACAAGAAGCCACGGAAAACAGUAACAGGGUAUUUCGUUUCAUCGUCACCAACGGUGACCCACACUACACUUCCUACCACAUCUACUCUUGUCACUGAAUCGCCAGAGCUAACGUCAAUGCAUCUUGUUUCACAACCGUUAACAAAUAAAACGGUUUUCUCAGGUUCAACUACUAGUACCAAUAAUCUACAACAGAAAACACAAGGCCAUCCUGUUUCACACUUACAAAAAUCUGGCUCUAUGUCUUUUGCUACAUCUGCUCCCCUUGGUCAGCAACCACAACUAGUACAAAUGCAUCCAGAUUCACAACAAUUAAGAAAUAACAUUGUUUCUUCUGAUUUACCUAUUAUCAUCGAUAAACUACAGCAAACAACACAAGUUCGUCCUGCUUCACAAUCACAAACAUCUGGCUCUGCGCCGUCUGCGGCAUAUCUUUAUCUUGACCAACACUCACAGUUGACACCAAUGCACUCUGUUCCACAAUCGUUGAGAAACAGCACUGCUUCUUCAGCUUCAACAACAAACACCGAUAAAUUACAACAGAAAGCACCACCUCGUCCUGUUAUACAAUCACAAACAACUAGAGGUCUCCCUCCUGCUACAUCUGUUCUCUUUGAUCAACAACAACAGCUAACCCAAAUGCAUCUUGUUUCACACCAGUUAACAAAUAACAGAGUUUCUCCGGCAGCACCUAUUAUCACCAAUAAACAACAGCAGAAACCACAAGUUCCUACUGUUCCACAAUUACAAACACCUGCCUCUGUCUCCUCUACUACAUCUUUUCACCUUGGUCAGCAGCCAAAGCUAAAACCAAUGCCUUUUGUGUCCCAACCGUUAUCAAAUAACACUGUUUCUUCUUCUUCGUCUUCUUCUUCUUCUUCUUCAGCAAUUAACAUCGAUAAACAACAACAAAAAACACAGGUUUAUCCAGUUUCACAAUCGCAAGCAUAUGACUCUAUGCAUUCUGGUACAUCUACUCUCCUUAAUCCUCAAUCACACCUAACAUCAAUGCAUUUUGUUUCGCAACAGUUAAGAAAUAACAUUGUCUCUUCUGAUUCACCUAUUGUCAUCGAUCAAAAACAACAGGAAACACAAGUUGAUCCUGUUUCACAAUCACAGGCAUAUGGCUCUGUCUAUUCUGAUAUAUCUGGUGGCUUUGAUCAAGAACCGCAGCUAACAUCCAUGUAUCUUGUUUCACAACCGUUAACAAAUGGUACUGUUUCUUCUACUUCAAUCGGCACGAUUGGAAAACAGCAACAGAAAACACCAUGUCGUCCUGUUUCACAAUUACAAACAUCUGCCUCUCUCUCGUCUGUUCACCAUGAUCAACAACCACAGCUAACACCUAUGCAUGCAAUUUCACAACCGUCAACAAAUAACGCUGUUUCUUCUGCUCCAAUGACUACGAUCGGUAAACAACCACAGAAAACACAAGUUCGUCCUGUUUCCCAAUUACAGACAUCUGCCUCUGUGUCGUCUGCUACAUAUGUUCGCCUUAACCAACAACCGAAGCAAACACCAAUGCAUUUUGUUCCACAACAGUUAAGAAAUAACACUGCUUCUUCUAAUUCAUCUAUUACCAUCGAUGAACUACAACAGAAAACAAAAGUUUAUCCUGUUUCACAAUCACAAACACAUGCAUCUGUUUAUUCUGGUACAUCUGCUCUCCUUGAUCAAGAACCUCAGCUAACACCUUUGUUUUUUGUUGCAGAGCCUUCAACAAAUGGUAGUGUUUCUUGUGGUGUACCUGUCACCAACGAUAAGCGGCAAAAGCGGCCAACACAAGUGCCUCUUGUGUCACAGUCUACUGUUGCUGACUCUACAUCUUCUGACAAAUUUAUGAGUGCGAAGAAACAGCCGCGACGUGAAAUAUUAGUGUGUUCUAUUUCACAACCACGAACAGCGACCGACGCUGUACCUCAUACCACAUCUACUGUUGACAAUCAACCACAACAAAAAACAUCAAAGCAUGUUGUCGCACAGUCAUCAGCAAAUAACACGAUUUCUUCUGCCUCAACUAUGUCCACCAAGAAACAACAACAGGAAAGCUCAGUGCCUGGUACCUCACGCUCACAAGCACCCACAUCUGGCGUCUCUGUUACACCUGUUAGCAUGAAAAAGCAAGAAGGAAUGCAACGACAUUUAAACUCAAGGUCAUACCCACACCCUUUUCAUGAACUACCACGCUUACCCGAAGAAUAUACAAAUCGCAAAACGAAUAAUUCGAGAUACCGUACUGUACCGAUUAAUUUAUGGGAUGACACUGAUGUGCUUGACUUUCUAUUCGAUUCUAGACUUCAUGCCAUGAUGCCAUUAUGUGAAUCGAUAUCAGGUAAAGCUUUGAUUCGUCUUUUUCGAAUGUGUCAAGAAAAGCCUAGACGCCUUUACAAUCAAUUAAAUGACGAAUUACGUGACCGCUUCAACGGCUUGAAUUUACCGUUGGGCGUUUAUGCAGAGUUUCUGAUAGAAAUGGAUUAUUUAGUUGGUCUUACACCUGCUACAAUUCCUGAAAUACCAAUUUCAAGAGUAAAGGAUGAGGAACGUGCCACAUUCAGACCUCGUACUGUUCAAGAAGAACCAAUAUCGAUGCAACGAAGUUUGAGACCCUUAUUAGAUAUCACAGUCUCACGAAGCCUGUCACACUCUGGUCUGCCGGCUGAAACCUUACCAGGAACAACAGCUUCUAAUAACAGAAGUUUCCUUGAACGAUCAUUUUUGCAAUCACCAUCAGCUCCUGGAAGACCAUAUAUGUUAAUUCUUGAAUCAAUUGAAGAAUCAACUUUAGUUCUUCAAUAA